AUUGUUCCAAGGAUGGUCUCCCAUUCAGAGUUGAGGAAACUCUUCUGUUCGGCUGAUGCAGUCUGCUUUGAUGUUGAUAGCACUGUCAUCAGAGAAGAAGGAAUUGAUGAGCUAGCCAAAUUCUGUGGAGUUGAGGAUGCUGUGUCAGAAAUGGAGCUAGUAAGUCGCCUCCAAGAGCGAAAUGUUCAGGUUUUCCUAAUAUCUGGUGGCUUUAGGAGCAUUGUAGAGCACGUUGCUUCAAAGCUCAAUAUCCCGUCAACCAAUGUUUUUGCCAAUAGGCUGAAAUUCUACUUUAAUGGUGAAUAUGCAGGUUUUGAUGAGAUGCAGCCAACAGCCGAAUCUGGUGGGAAAGGAAAAGUUAUUAAACUUUUAAAGGAAAAAUUUCAAUUUAAGAAAAUAGUCAUGAUUGGAGAUGGAGCCACAGACAUGGAAGCCUGCCCUCCUGCUGAUGUUUUCAUUGGAUUUGGAGGAAAUGUGAUCAGACAGCAAGUAAAAGACAAUGCACAAUGGUACAUCACUGAUUUUGUAGAGCUUUUGGGAGAACUGGAAGAAUAAUACCAAUUUUUAUACGGUUCAUAACAACUUCAGGUUAAUUUUUUAAAGUUACAGUUUGAUACCGUUUGCUUACAAUUGCCUAUUAUAACUUAAUGUAUAGAUGUGGUACGGAUUAUCUGUACUUCCAAGUAAACUAUGGAAAAUUGCUCUUUUUUAACUGCAAUCCCAGCAUUAUUAUGACCAUUAAUUAGCUGGAGAGUUUUAUAAUCUGAAUUCUUUAUGUAUUUUCCUAGCGAUAUUUUAUUUGAAACCUUUUAAAGGUGGAUAGUAAAUGAAACACCUUCCCUAUUGGAGAUAAGGGUUAGGCAGCUUUAAGUGAAUGUUGGUUUUCCCUUUGGUAGGUAAAUAAAAGUUUAUCCAUACAUCAGUACAGAUUGGUGGCAUUGUCACUUUCUGCCUAUCAUGUAUUUCAAUAUCAAAUAUUUCAAGUACUUUCAGUGUUUGAGUAGAAACAACCUCCAGGCAAGGAACCAAGGAGUUGGAGACCCCACCCUGAUCACAGGACAUCGUGCUGGUCACAGGGCAGCCCCCACCAACCCUCACACUGGGCCAGAGGGCUG